CCUGGUGUUGUAAAACCGUCUGGACUCUUAUUUUGGAAAGAAACAAAUAGCCAUCCGGAAUUACAUGACCUGCGCUCUACACUGUGUGUGAAACCUAACAGGACCUCUCUGCAUACAUGUCUACUGUAGCAAAGGCGAUGUCAAAGUUCCGUCUGGCUGUCGUUCAGCUGCAGGUGACGAGCGUCAAGGCUGACAACCUGAGCAGAGCCCGGAGGCUGGUGAAGGAGGCUGCAGGACAAGGCAGCCAGCUGGUGCUGCUGCCGGAAUGCUUCAACUCUCCAUAUGGAACCAACUUCUUCUCUCAGUAUGCUGAGCGGAUCCCAGGAGAGUCCACUCAGGUGCUGUCAGAGGCAGCGAAGGCGAAUAAGGUGUAUCUAGUGGGAGGAUCCAUCCCUGAAGAGGAAGGUGGGAAGUUGUAUAACAGCUGCACAGUGUUUGGGCCCGAUGGAGAGCUGCUUCUUAAACACAGGAAGAUUCACCUCUUUGACAUCGACGUUCCAGGGAAAAUCCGCUUCCAGGAGUCUGAGACGCUGAGCCCAGGCAACAGUUUGUCAAUGUUCGACACACCAUUCUGCAAAGUGGGAGUGGGCAUUUGCUAUGACUUGAGGUUUGCAGAGCUUGCACAGCUCUAUAGUAGGAAAGGCUGUCAGCUGCUGGUCUACCCUGGAGCCUUCAACAUGACGACCGGUCCAGCCCACUGGGAGCUCCUUCAGAGGGGGAGAGCGCUUGAUAACCAAGUGUAUGUGGCCACAGCGUCUCCUGCCAGAGAUGAAACUGCUUCAUAUGUCGCCUGGGGACACAGCACUGUUGUCAACCCAUGGGGAGAAGUGAUCUCUAAGGCUGGACCAGAGGAGGCCGUUAUUUAUGCUGAUAUCGACCUGCAGUAUUUAGCCGACAUCCGGCAGCAGAUCCCAAUCACCGCUCAGCGUCGGGACGACAUCUACACAGUCACAUCUGUGCAGGGAGGCUCGAGCUGAGCUCUGCAGCCAUGAGAAAGAAAGGUGCAACGCAAACCACGCAACAGAAUCUUUGCUGCAACAGAGCGUCUUCGUCUCCCUGUGACGCACAAGACUUGUUUGUCUUAAUAGUGGAAGCAAGAGAUGCAGUUGGGAUGGUCGCUGAUUGAACUGUAAUUUGUUUAAUGUCUGGUGCUUAAAUGACUGAUCAAUAGAAAAUCGAUGACACUUGGUAAGCAGUUAAUUGUUGACAUCAUUUAUUAAGUGAAAUAAAGCAUUUGCUGGUUACAUCCUCUGUAA